GUCCCUGCGGUGUCAGCGAGGGGAGCUGCAGCCGGUGCGUUGUAUAUCGACUCCACCAGAUAAUUUUGAGGCUGCCCCGAUUGUCUGCUGCUGCUGUCCACACCAUGAAACAAAAACGAUGGUGCCUUCCACAGCCUUCUUUGUACUGAUAAAACAGUACAAAGUCGUCGUCGAAUGGAACUUUAUUCGAUCACCGUGGACCGAGUAUUAGAUGUAAGCGUUUGGAUGUCGCUGUACGCUGAACUGUGUUUACGAAGAGCAGUUUGUUGUCCCGUGUGGAUUUGACGUCUAUGUGGAUGUACAUGAAAAACCAAGUGAAAGAGAUUGCCAUUAUUGUCCUGGAAGAUGGAGUGCUUCGUUGACAUGGAGAAGUACCAGCAAACUUCUUAAACUACUUCAAAGAGUUUUCAUCAAAAAAAAUCCUCCACGUGCAGCAAUGACAGCUUUGCAGAUCCUUGGCAUUCUAGCUGUCAGUUUGUCCAGAUACUCAGGUUUGACAUCACAUCAGAGAACAUACUACUCUGAGUUGGUUUGCCCUAUUGUUGGAGCUUCCUUCUAGCUGCUCUUCUUCAGAUCUGCCUCAAAAUGGAUGCUUUGGUGAAUCCUGAGCUCAGAGAAGAUUUAAAUGACUGUCCGAUCAAGGUUGAAAACCUUGCAAAGCAAGUCAUAUUCAAAGGCCUUGCCCCUAGGGUCAUAUUGUCAAACCAUUUUCUGCCCAAGGGAACCAAGGCGAAGGUAAACCUUGAGGAACAGGGUCGACAGAAGGUCUCCUUCAGCUUUGCACAGACUAAAAAAACACGUCAGAAUGUAUUUCUGCCCCCACCAAGCUCAGAAAAAUCUACAAGUGAACAUUCUUUACUGCAAGCUGGGACCUUACCCACUUCUGAUAUAGCAGCACAAAGUGAUGAAACCAAGAAUGUGGACACACAUUCUCCUGCAUUGUGUGAGUCCAAGGCAACACACCUCUCAGUAUCUUUCCCACUCAAAUCAAAACAAGAUCUUGGAAAGUUGCAUUUUAAGAAACAGAUUCUCAGUGUGACUGUUGUUGAUGAUAACGCCAUUGUCAGCACUACGUCAGCAGAUAUUUCAAUCCCAGUGAUCCCAUCGGAGUCAGACAAAAUUAGAUCUUCAGCCAAGGUUGAAACUGAAUCCUCAUUGCAACAGUCUCACAAGAACUCAAUAAUUGAUAGUUCCUCUGAAAAAUAUCUCAAAGAGGAAAAACCUCAGGAGAAAUUGGACUCAUGCCUUAAGGGUCCUGUUUCUUCCCAUAUUGGGAAGGAAGAUGCAGAUUGUUCCAUAUUUUCGGACCAUGAGGACUGCAGAAAAUCCCAGCCUCGAUCAGACAGCACUCUCCAAGGUUCAGAGUCUGAUGGUGAUUCAAUCCGGACAUCUUCUAGCCAAAAGUCUAGUGGUUGCAAAAAUUUUGUUAAAAAAGAAUGCCAGAGUAAAGAAACCAAAAGAUCCUAUAAUUCUAAAACGGAGGAGUCACAAAAAUCAAGGUCUGAUAGGAAAGAUGAUGACAAUUGGUCUAGUCGUUCAAAGUCUGAACGUGACUCCAGGCACAUUUCAUCGAGAUCUUCUCGUUCUGACAGAGACAGAAGAAGGACCAGAAGUCGGUCACGUUCUAGAUCUCGAGGCAAUCAAACUAGUUCUUACUCCAGAUCUGAGAGAUCAAGGAGUGUGAGACAGUCAAGGGUAGAUAGAUCACAUUACCAUGAUUCUGAGAGGAGGUUCCAUAGAAUUUCUCCACAUCGUGAAAGGAGAAACUUGCGAACUCGAACCGACGGCUGGUCUCGUGAUAGCUCUGACUCAGAGGAUGACCACAGGUGGACAAGGAAUCGAGGUAGUGACUCAAGUAGAUCCUCCACUUACUCUUGCUUACAAAAAGACUCAAAAUCAUCCACUCACUCCAAAUUCCACAGGGACUCAAAGCCCACAGAUUGUUCUCGUGUCAGAGAACAAUUAGAGUCAGACAAAAGAUCACAGCAUUCAAAAUCAGAACGAUCUACUGGACGAUCUGGUGACACGGAAUCCAAUAAAAAGAGCUCUCCUGAAGCAGAGACUGUUAACACGAAACCCAGUGCCCACUCAAAAUCGUACAUUAAUGCUAAAAUCUCUAAUUCCAACUCUGCUACCUCAUCACGAACAUUAGAGAAAAAGGUCCAGAAAAACAGUGGCAGCUCUGACUCUGAUGAGGAAGAUAGAAGAAAAUCUCAAACACAUGUGUCAGAUAGGUCAUCUGGAUCUGGUACUUUGUCCUACAGAAAAACAGAUUCAACAUAUCAAAAGAAUUUAAAUAAAGUAACUGGAACAGAUAGACAAUCAACAGACAGAUUAAGUAAUAACACAAAACAGUCACAGUUAGUCUCCAGUCAAGUUGUUCCUCAAAGGGAAUGCAGCAGAGUUGAUUCUGAACCUUUGUGUGAUAACAGUUCUCAGCCUACUUCUAAACACAGUUCUCAACAAAUGCAUGAAGAUUGGCACAAACUCAGUUUGGUCAAAACUCAACAAACUCAGCAUCAACAUCCAAACCAAGAACUUUGUAGCUUUGGGAAGUCCACAAAUGGCCCUGAGAGUCACAAGACAGUCGAGACAUUGAAGGAAUCAAGUUAUUUGACUAGUAGAAGUCUGAAAGUUGGAAGUUCCACUGAGAUUGAUCCACCUGUAAAGCAAAGUGAUGCUCUGACAGAAGAACAGACUGAACCAUUUUGUGCAGGCCACACUCCUGGUCAGGAUUCUGUAGAAUCACUGGCUGACUCUCUUUCUGUGAAAGAAUUAGCACCUGGAGGAUUCUUGAAAUUAAACACUAAAUUAGAUGGGUCAUCGUUAAUCAUUAGUAAAAUCAAAACACCUGUCACACCAAGUCUUGAAUAUUGUGAAAAAGAUCCUAAGCAGCUCAAUGUGAAGCCUGAACAACCUAAUAGUGGGAAUGUGAAAAAGGAUGGUAGUUCUAAAAAAUCACGAUGGGACAUUGUUGGUCAUGAUGCUUCAGAAUCAAAAUCUGAUGAUCAAAGCUCUAAGAAAACUUUGAGUCCAGAGGUUACCUCUUUAAAAAAGUUAAUCUCAGAGAAGAAAAUUGAGUUCAGCAAUGAUACAAACCCUGAUGAAUCAUAUACACAGAAACCGGACUCUGAGGUACACUCCAAAAAAUCUGUAGAACACAAAAGAGACCUGACUUCUGUAGAAUUGAGUGGAAAAAUAAUUUCUCAGCCAUCUGACCUUGGAACCCAACAUAAUCAUGAUGAACAUACUGUCAAACCGCUUGUAAAUCAGACUGUUGAAAUUACUCAGUCAAAAAGUGUCCUUGUUGCUUGUGAUCACCUUAAAUGCAGUUCUAUUAAUGAGCAGAUCAGCAGCGUAGACAAACCUAAGCCUAAAACUCGCAACCCUGGUUCCUUAAACCUUCAUGGUAAAUUCCGCAGCGAGGAUAGUGAGAGUGAAGAUUCUGACUCUGAUUCAGAUGAUGGACAGGCCUCCUUAAAGCGGUUGCACUCUGUGGUCAUUGUGCCAAAAAAUUCAACCAUCGCUAUUGAGACUGAAGUUACUGAACCGUCUCCCGGGGUCUCAGUAUUCCUUGGCCAACAAGAGUCAAUUGUUCAAAUGGUUGGUACAGAUGAGGGCAUCAAGAGGGAAUUUGCUUACGGUUUUAACUUUCAGUCAAAGCUUGAGAAGUCAUCCGCUGCACUCUUCAAGGUCGGUGAACAAACUUCCAUGCAAAGUAAAGAUGUUAAAUGUCAAUCUACUUGCUCUGCCAAUGUGUCCUACCAAUCGCAGAGCAACAUGAUUGACAGCACCAGCCAUUCAGAAGCCACCUAUUAUCCUCAUGUGGGCAAUUACUGGAGUGCCCAAGAAAGACCAAAUGUCUGUGCACAGUUGAACCAAGCCUCUGUUCAGAAUUUGGAGAAGCCAUGCAGGAAAUCUGAAUCGGCUCACCAUCAGUACCUUGAUGGAAUAGAUAGUUGGAACAGAAGGAAAGGACGUAAGCAACUGUAUGGGGACUUUGAUGAAUUCAGUGGUGGGAAGGGUUUUAACUUAGUCUUUAACCAGUCAGAACAGCCCAGCACUACAUUUCAGCAACCGGACAGCAGUCACGGCACUGAACGCCUCCUACAGCCAGGAAUUAUUUCUGUUGAGAGCAUUCACGGACAAGGUACAUGGGCUCAGCCUAUGAUCUCUAAUGUCAGCAGACCAUUCAACACAUAUGUGCCUUUUCAGUAUCAUGAUUCAGUAAACCAGAUCCACCCAGACUCGCUGACCAAUGACCAUGAUGAGGACAGUCAGGGAAGGUUGAUGGGUAUUAAACGACAAUAUUUCCCUCCAGGGUCAACCCCAUUUGUUCAAGCCCAUGAGAUUAAUAGCAAUGGCUGCUUUAACACAGAGAGUCAAAACAUAUUUGAAGCUCCUAGAGAAGAGAAUCAAAAGUCUCAUAGAGGAAGGGGCCCUCCCAAGAAGAGACAUCAAGAGUUUGAAUCAGAAUCGGAUAAUGAGGCAGAGGUUGGUCUAACCAGUAAAAGGGAGUGUUUGGAUGAGACCUCAAGGGGUGCAAAAACUCAAGAUGCACGCCGGCCACUGCUCAGUCUAAAAGACUUCCUGGACCCAUAUGUGUGGAGGGAAAAGGCAAAGCAGAAAAAAAUGCCACCCUACUUUGACCUCAUUGAAGAGAAUUUGUAUCUGACAGAACGCAAGAAGAAUAAAUCUCAUCGAGACAUCAAACGCAUGCAGUGCGAAUGUGCUAUUCUUUCUAGAGAAGAGCGAGCCCGAGGGAUAAUGGCAUGUGGAGAGGACUGCCUCAAUCGCCUGCUUAUGAUUGAAUGCUCUUCCCGGUGUUUAAAUGGAGCAUACUGCUGCAACCGACGCUUCCAAAUGAAACAGCAUGCAGACUUUGAGGUAAUUUUGACGGAGAGCAAAGGCUGGGGCUUACGAUCAGCCAAAGACCUACAGGCGAAUACGUUUGUUUUAGAAUACUGUGGAGAAGUUUUGGAUCACCGGGAAUUUAAGGCACGGGUGAAGGAGUAUGCUCGAAACAAGAACAUUCACUAUUAUUUCAUGGCUUUGAAGAAUAAUGAGAUCAUUGAUGCCACACUGAAAGGAAACUGUUCCCGUUUCAUGAAUCACAGCUGUGAACCCAACUGUGAGACUCAGAAAUGGACUGUGAAUGGCCAGCUCAGAGUUGGCUUUUUCACCACCAAAGCUGUGCCAGCCAGGACAGAGCUUACGUUUGAUUAUCAGUUCCAGAGAUAUGGGAAAGAGGCCCAGAAAUGUUUCUGUGGGGCUCCUAGCUGUCGUGGGUUAAUUGGUGGGGAGACUCGGGUCAGUGUGCGAGCUGCAGGUGGGAAGAAACAGAAAGAACGUUCACGGAAAAAAGACACUGACAGUGGCCUUACCACGUUGGAUGAGGAGCUGGAGGCUCUGCAGGAGAAUGGAGAAGGCUUAUUUGGAGAGAAAGAUGUUAUAUCACUCUGCAGGCUCAUGGUGCGAGUGGAGACAAUGGAGCAACGACUCACCUGCCUUAAACUCCUCAAGACAACCCAGAAUCCCUUGUGCCUGAAGCAGUUUUUGGAUCACCACGGCCUCUCACUGCUGUGGAUAUUUAUGGUUGAACUUUCUGAGGCCAAGAGCAACUCUGUAAACCAUGUUAAACUGCAGCUAGAGAUAAUGAAUGCACUGGCUGUCCUGCCCAUUUCUACAAAAAAUAUGCUGGAGGAGAGCCGUGUGCUGCAGUUUAUCCAGCGCUGGGCUCAGAGCCGGCCACUAAGCCAACCUGCAGAACAGGAUGGCUACUCCAGUGAGAGCACCUCACGUGCCCAAACUCCCCUAAACACCCCUGAUGUUCCACCUGCUAAGCUGGCCACUGAGAUGGACAAAGACACUCCCAAGCGGGCAGGCUACCAUAGAUUGAAGAUAAUCAGUGAGAACAGUCUGGACAGUGCCCUCUCUGAUGCCAGUAAGGCUUCAGAUGGAAAAGAGGAGGAGGAUGAAGAAGUGGAAGAGAUGGAGGAAGAGUCUUCACAGUUAGAACCCACAAUUGAAAGGUCAGUGAAGGUGGAAAGCAUUAAAGCACCUGCUGAGAUUCAAACUGAGGUUGAGCCCAUGUUAAAGGAGGAAACCCCUGAGGCUGUAGAACUCACUCUUUCAAAGCCCGAAGCAAUGGUUGGUGAGGAAGAGGCACUCAAAACACAAGAACCUGAAGAACUGUUGGAAGAGCCCAAGAGCCAGGAGCUGGUGGGAGAUCCCAAGAGCCAGGAGCUGGUGGGACAGCCCAAGAGCCAGGAGCUGGUGGGAGAGCCCGAGUGCCAGGAGCUGGUGGGAGAGCCCGAGAGCCAGGAGCUGGUGGUAGAGCCCGAGAGCCAGGAGCUGGUGGUAGAGCCCGAGAGCCAGGAGCUGGUGGUAGAGCCCGACCGCCAGGAGCUGAUGGUAGAGCCCGAGAGCCAGGAGCUGGUGGUAGAGCCCGACCGCCAGGAGCUGGUGGUAGAGCCCGACCGCCAGGAGCUGGUGGUAGAGCCCGACCGCAAGGAGCUGGUGGUAGAGCCCGACCGCCAGGAGCUGGUGGUAGAGCCCGAGAGCCAGCAGCGGGUGGGAGAGCCCGAGAGCCAGGAGCGGGUGGGAGAGCCCGAGAGCCAGGAGCGGGUGGAAGAGCCCGAGAGCCAGGAGCGGGUGGGAGAGACCGAGAGCCAGGAGCGGGUGGGAGAGCCCGAGAGCCAGGAGCUGGUGGGAGAGCCGGAGAGUGAGAAGCUGUCUAUGAAACCAGAGUUCCAGACAGUGACAAUGGGAAAACACUCUGAGGUCAGAGAUAUUAAAAUAAUGGAGGACAUUAGUAAUGCAGAUGUAGUUACUGAGGUCCAGGUAGAGAAUGCAUCUUCUGAACAAUGCAGCUCAGCAAAGAACACAAGUAGCACCAAUGCAGAGAUGACACCCACACAAUCAGAAGUUAUAAUGGAGAGCAUAUCCUCUGGAACCACACCUGUUGCCAAAGAGAGCACAUCCACAGAAUCUCCAGCUGUCUCUGUGGAGACCACUCCAUCUGGUUCUGCUGCUGUUUCUACAGAAAAUACAUCAUCACAGGCUGGCAUAGCUGCUGGUUCUGCUGACGCUUUAGCCAUGGGAACUUUGGCUGUUCCAACAGAGGGCACUGCAGUGGGGACGCCCUCACAAGAUGAGGAGGAGGCGGUUUCUGAUGUAGAGAGUGAGCGGAGUCAGGAGCCACCAAUCCGGGCUUCUGAUAUCAGUGACAUGGCUGCCCGUCUAUUGGACAGCUGGAAAGACUUGAAGGAGGUUUACAGGAUACCAAAGAAGAGCCAGGUUGAAAAAGAGUCAAAUGAUCGCAGUCGAGAUCGGGAAGCAGUGAUGAACCCUUGGACACCUUCAAGCAGUCGAGAGAGAGAACGAGAAAGAGAGAGGGAGCGUGAUCGAGAAUGGGACCGUGAUAGAGACUGGGAGCGUGAGCUGGAUUGGGACCGUGAGCGAGAUGGAGAGAGAUCAACCCUUCGUAGUGCAGAUAGGAAAAGACGACGAGGCUCUACCUCUCCUCUGCCGCCUUUAGCAUAUGAGUGGAGCAACCGCAGAAAUGAUGACCGUUAUGAACAGGCCAACAGCAGCAAGAAGAAACUACACACCAAAGAGCCUCGUAACAAGCUUUCCACAGAGGAGCGACGAAAGCUCUUUGAGCAGGAAGUGGCUCAGCGUGAGGUCCAGAAACAUCACCAGCAGCAACAACUGCAGACACUUGCAUUCAACCCUCUGGUCUACACUUCCAGUCCAAGCUUUAUGAAUUACCCACCUGGGUACCCUAUCCAGUCUUACGUGGAUCCCACCAAUCCAAACGUGGGCAAAGUGCUCCUGCCCACACCUGCUGUAGAGCCUCUCUGUGCCACCUCAGUUGCUGGUGGUGCUGCUGUUAACUUUGAACAAAUACCUACUCAGCCUAUCAUAUCAGAUCUUGGUCUAGCCUCACCAUCCUCCACCACCCAGGCCGGACCUACCUCCAGUUUGGCACACAUCCCUGCUGCUCUGGAGCUUUCAUCAGGCACACAGACACAGCAUUUUGUUCAGCCAGCUGUGCCUGCACAGGACAUGAGUGUAGCCAUCCUAUCCAUGCCUGCGCAAACAGCCAGUCCACAGGUCCAGAGUCAGCAGGGUUACACCACGCUCUGGGACCCCAACACACAGCAGGCUGUCACAGUGCAGACGCAGCCUACCCAGCAGUAUUCCACCAUCGCACAGCCUCAGACUGCCAUCUACUACCAGGGCCAGCCCUGCCAGACCAUCUAUAGUAUUCCUGCAGGCUACCCACAGACCAACACACCUGUCAUUCAGACAUACACUGAGCCAGCCGCCAGCUUCUUGCAUGGCCAGCCGGUGUACACGGCUCAUCAGCAGGGUGUGGUUGUGCAGCAGGGAGGCACGGUCACCACAAUUGUCACAUCUCAAACAGUUCAACAGGAAAUGAUCGUACCCAACAGCAUCAUUGACCUGCCACCCCCCUCUCCACCCAAACCUAAAACCAUUAUCCUACCUCCCAGCUGGAAGGUGGCACGAGACCCAGAGGGCAGAAUCUAUUACUUCCACAUUAUCACCAGGCAAACACAGUGGGAUCCUCCCAGCUGGGACGGGGCUGCAGAGGAGGCCAGUUUGGAACACGAGGCUGAGAUGGACCUAGGGACGCCCACGUAUGAUGAAAAUCCCUCAAAGUUCUCUACAAAGACGGCUGAGGCAGACACAUCCAGUGAGCUAGCCAAAAAAAGCAAAGAAGUCUUCCGCAAGGAGAUGUCACAGUUUAUUGUGCAAUGCCUUAAUCCAUUCCGCAAACCAGAUUGCAAGCUGGGCCGAAUCAGUAACACAGAUGACUUCAAACAUCUGGCUAGGAAGCUGACUCACGGGGUGAUGAACAAAGAACUUAAGUCUUGCAAGAACCCUGAAGAUCUCGAAUGCAAUGAGAAUGUCAAACAUAAGACCAAGGAGUACAUCAAGAAGUACAUGCAAAAAUUUGGCUCUGUGUAUCGGCCCAAGGAAGACACAGAGCUGGACUAAAUAGCCUAAACCCAGGAACCUCCCGACACUACCGGCUCUGAGCGGCUGGCCCGAACAGUUUGUGUCACAUCCUACAGGAUGACACCAGUGCAAGUCUGAGCUGUCCUGCACAGGGAUGGUUUUAUGAUGAGAGAUGCCUCGCACCCCAGCCCACAAGCAAACAGGAAACGGCUGUGGUUAGAAACAUAAAGGACACACCAAGGGUGCUACACAGACUCCUUACCAGAUUUCAUGAUCUUUUUAGUCUCUUUAACAAAGUCUUCUCAAAAUUACUUUUAAGGCAAUGCAUUCAGUCUCAUCACCUUGAUAAGGAGGAUCAUCUUCAACUCCAUUAUAGUUAAUAGUUGUGUGUGAGAUGACUCGUAAAGAAGGAGAAAAAGAAUGGACUAUUAAAAUCUUUUUCCCCUGCCACCCCACUCUGUUACUGUAGUUGUGUUACCAAGGGCUUUUUGGAAGAUUUUCUGCUCUACUGAUGGUCCAGAUCCUCACUCAUAUGGGUCAAGGAUGAUAGAGGGCCAUGAACUUCUAGUUUGGCAGUUAAGAAACAUGCUAAGGGUUAUGUAAUGUCUCAGAAGUGAACCUAUAGUUGAGUCUUUAUUCUCCUUAUCCAACUACCCAGAUAAGUAGUCAUCUUCUACUUGGACUCACUGGCCAGGAGUCAUCAUGCUCAGCAUUGUUUUUAUGUUUUUUGUCUAUCAAAUAGAAUUACAUGGAAGUGUGUGCAGGUCUGUAAUCUAACCCUGUUUUGUCUAGGUCUGUUUCUCCUCUUGACUUGGGAAAUGGUUAUGUAGCAAUUAUAUUUUAUUAAGGUUUUUCACACUGUUUUUACAUUAGCAUUUUUUAUUCAUGUCGCAAAGGCAAAUGUGAAGCCCUCCAGACAAUUUGUAGCUUAUUUCUGUGGCCCCCAUGUGAGAAUUGAUCAGGUUUACUGUCCCAUAAACUCUCGCCAUUAAUCAACUCACCCCACCUCAUUAACCCGCAUUAAAUCUGUUUCCAAAACAUGUAUUAUAUUGAAUUAUAUGUGAAUAUAUUGAGAGUUCGUUUUUGUGACCAUUAGCAGAGAUUUUGUAAAAGAACUGUGGGGGUCCACGAUUUCUUGUGUACAUAUGUGUAAUUAAACCAAGCUGGAAAAUGGGAUUAGAUGGACGUGAAUAUAUCAUAGUCCUCCUUCCCAUCAGCGUGGCUCCAGUGUUCCUACAGUAAGCAGGAUUCCACACACUCCCACUGCUCUGUAUGUUGGUUUGGUUUUAAUGGUGGGGGUGUCAUUAACUUUUGUCUUUUUGCUUUCUCUGUUGAAAGAUUGGGAUAUUUUUUUUUAUGUACAAAUAGGAGUCUCACCCCACUCCACUGUAAGUACUGUGCAAGCACAUUGUCAAACUGAGUGUAAAAACAUUUUAAUAUAAAAACUGU